GCUCGACUUCUGCAAAAAACCGGCCCGCGAUUUAUAUACAAUCACACUGGAGCAGCUCACAUGGACACGAAAAAAAACAUUGAUCAAACUUUUCGCAAAUUCGCAAUUGGAAACUGAUUUUUUUCUAGAAAAUCUGAAAAUCUCUGGUAGUUGGCCUAUAAUCAACGAAGCAGUUAUCUUGUAACGUUUUGAUAAACGUUUUCGACACUUCUAUCAUCAUGUCGUCGAUGGAGUCCAAUUUCUGGCAGAAUCUCGACCAGCAUCUCAGCAACUUCCAGUCGCAGGAUAAAAAUGUACGAAGAAAUGGUCUGAAAAACCUUCUCACAGAAUUAAACAAGGUCAUGCCGAAAGAGGUGAUGACGACAAAGGAAAAGAUACAGAAAGAUGCCACUAAUGACGACAGUGACGACGACGACGAUUCCGCCAGCGGUGAUUCUUCAUCGACAUCUCCUGUGCUCUCCGCUGAAAUCAUGUCGACGUUGAUGCCAGCCUUGUUUCUCCGUCUGUCAGACCCGGUUGAAGCAUGUCGUGAACUUACGUACAACAUUUUGACCUCAAUUAUUUCCGGUACGAGGAUAGUUUCCUCCUUGACCCCAUUUCUUCCUCACCUCAUCCCCAUUCUGCUGGAUCGACUAGGAGGCACAGAAUUGGUCGAAUCAUCUGAAGAAGUCAGACUCAUUGCUGUCAACUUUAUGAUAACGCUCCUUGAUCGUGUGGGGGUGGGCUUGUCGCCAUUUAUCGACGACUGGAUAUAUAUUCUUGCCGUCACGUUGACCGAUCCAUUUCAUGAAGUCCGGAAAUCUAGUUGUACUCUUAUUUCGAAAAGUGCAAGCCUUCUUCGUCAUGUUUUCCACUACAAUAGUGAACGUCUCAACAAACCGUUGGUGAUCUGCUUAACGCAUCAGCAGAGUAAAGUCCGUGUGGCUGCAGUGAGAUGUAUUGGGGACGUUUUGCUCUACGGAAAUCACAAGGUCAUCACAGAUUUCAUCCUUCCUUUAACCUUGCGCCUCUUUGAUUCUCAACCAAACGUUCGUCUCGCUGUGGUUGACGUUGUCGGAACUUGGAUGUUGGAUUAUGUCGAUCGAUAUUCAUAUUUUCACAACCUACUUCCAAUCCUGAUGACCGGAUUGUGCGACGAAUCUCCCCCUGUGCAGGAGUCCGCGUCCAAAUUUUGGGAGCACAUUGGGGAAAAAUAUUUAGAAGAAAAUCUCGAAGAGUAUAAAGAUCAAGUUGAUUUCCCCUCUCAAAUGCCGGCCCAUUAUCCGGAUGAUGUAAAACGCCCAAAUUUUGGAUGCCGCCUCUUAACGCAGCGUCAAGUUGGAAAGAUUUUACCUGGAGUGACAAACGAUAUUACGGAUUGGGUUGAAACAACCCGUCAAAAAUGCGCCCAACUUUUAUUCCAUCUCAUCCUAAAUUGUGAAGAAGCUAUAACGAUGCAUUCCGAACCCGUAUUACAAUGUAUUUUCAAAUCAUGUAUGGAUCCGAAUCCAGUCGUUUCGAAAUAUGUUUUGCGAUCUGCCUCUCUCCUCGCGUAUUUUGCCCCGUUUCCCGUUACAUGGUCAAUUUUAUCGAAUCGGUUGUCCAACAACCCAGCUGAAUCUGGCUUAGCACCUACGUCUGCCAUCAUUUCUGCUACAGAACGAUCCAUUCUGAAAGAACAUAUUGUCGAGGUUGCUUCACUCCUGUCCCAAUCUGAUAUUUGCCACACUCUCAAAACAUCCAGACAGUAUUGGCUCCUUCAAAUUUGUGCUGGACUAACCAGGGAGGAAUCGUUCUUGGACAACGAAGAACGUUUGUCUGGAGCGGAAAAUAUAUUUCGCAUUUUGCUCAGCGUCCUAGCCAUGACUGAGGAUGGCGACGUUAAAGCGAGAGCAAUUGUUGGAUUAAACGAUCUUAAGCGGGCCUGUCACUAUGAAAAUUUGGACGAUCUCUUUGUUUCUUUCUCACAUGGAGUUCUGCAAGAUAUUAAGAUAUCAUCCGAUUCUCUGUGGGGACGAGUUACACCAGAAAAUUUGAUCUUUUCAGCAAUUUUGACGUAUGGAGGUUCUUCCGUACAAAAAUAUCUAACCAUCGUUCUGGACAUUUUAAAGAAUCAACUCGAUCCUAAAAAGGACACGGAAGUCCGUCUGAAUUUAUUUACUCUUUUAGCUAAUGUACUGCAAAAUUAUGCACAAAUAUCUGAUGAAGAAGAGUGUCACCAGGGAUCAUUUGAAACUUUUGUGACUACGAUAGUUCAAGACAUUCUCACACCGAACUUGGUAUGGCGUGCCGGUAAAUCAGCGUCUGCCCUCCGUGCGGCCGCGACAUCCUGCCUCCUCACAAUUCUUGAAGAAAAACUACUCUCUGUCGAAACAUUUGUUGGUCUUGCACCAGCCAUUACGACCGGAUGUCUGUCUCUGUUGGAAGAAGGAUAUGAAUUGAAUCGUCUCUUAGCGGCGCAAUGUCUUGGAAGGAUGGGGGAGGCUUGUCAGGGUCGAUGGGGGAUUGAUUUAGUCCAAAAGAUUUAUCCAGAACUUUUGAAACGACUUGACGACGAGAAGGACGAUGUCCGCGUCUCUGCAGGGCUCGCAAUGUCGCGAAUUUUCUCUACUCUUCCCGAUCCACUGUCAAAAACGCACAUCGACUUUGCUUCUUCCGCUCUGCUCUUGCAUUUGGACGACGACGAUGAAAAUGUUGCAGCCGCUGUUGCCGAAGCCAUAAAAUCAUUGGGAUUACUUUCACCUCCUUUCCUAAUCGAGAAAUGUAACGAGUUCAAAGAGAAACAUAAAUCCCCACAGAAUUGUGAAGAUCUCAUUGAGUAUUUUCAAAGUUUAGAAUGUAAGGGAGUGUGAAUUUUUCGAGCGAUUCUGCUAACUUAGGAUUAGUAUUAGUAAUUAAAAGGUUAGUACUUAAAAGUCAACCACAAAACGUGUCUCAACAUUUGAGUGCAAUCAAAUAAUAGCAAUUUUAUAAAUUUUA